AAGUCAGAUUUCGAGUUUGUCGCUGUUUGAAGCAGCUUUGUGUGUGAUUUAGUGUUUAGUCGUCUCUGAAUCUGCUGCGGUCUCCAUCGGGAAGCCAAAAAAGACGACCUUCGCCGCUCGAUUACGAUUGCGAUAGACUACGUCGGCUACUUGGCGUUUUUUUUUUAGACCGAAUUUCUUGUAGUUGCAGCCAAUUUCGAAUUCGAUCCACCAGAAAACUUGCAAUGCCGUCGAGUGCAGCUUCUGGUCCGAGCGAGGACCCCUUCCGCCAAUUGUUCCUGCAAUCCGUCGAGGAGAAUCUCGCCGAUAGCCCCAGUUUUGAAACUCUUGCCAUGCUGCUGAAGCUAGCGAACCCAAGCUUCAAACGGCAGCAGUGCAGUGAUGACAACCUUCGCGAACGGGCUUUUAAAUCUUUGAAGCUGCGUGUCCAUCCGGACAAACAUAACAACGACCAAAAAGCGACAGAGCUUUUUCAGCGACUACAAGAGUGGUACCGUGAUGCCGUUCGUGCGGGGGAACAGCCAUCGAGAAAAAAAGGUCGAAAAGGUGAAGGACGCGCCCCCCCGCCACACCUACAGCUGCCGGGGAAUUUCGAUGUUUUUCAGAAGUGGCCGUUUUUGAACAAGGACUCACUCAGUGCCGAUGAUUUCAACGUGGCUACAGUCUGCAACAUAAACUGCGCAAACCUGCAGGCCCAAGUCGAGCACGGACGCGGUCUGAGUGUGAAGGAUUCGCUUUCCCCCGCUAGCCUCUACUCCCAAGAACGGCCAAUCGAUACCACAAAAAUCAAAACGCUCACCGACCCGAGCGCUGAGGAGAUCAAGCUGCAGAUUAUGAAAAGCGGCCCGGUCGUGAGUAAGAGCUUCCGCCCGUCAGGCAGCCUCCUCACACAGAUUCGCCAAUCUUUUCCUGGUGCCAUGCGGACACAUCGUUGGAAUGACUCCUCAUCAGUGCCCGUCGCAGUAUUGAUAACGGGUUGGGCAACAAAAGAGUAUGGAGAAGCGUGGACGCUUUUCUUUCCCGGCCCGCAGAAGCCAAACCUGGAAGAGAACUGGCCAUACGACACGAGCGACAUCCGAGGGGAGAGGGGCAAGACAAUGGCUGUGGGAUUACACCAGUACGGUGUAGAGCGCCAAAUAUCUUUCGUCGAUCCGUCGCAUUUGGCAGACAUCGGCUGGUAUUCGCGCCCUUACUUUCAACUGACGCCCGAACAAUUUCAGUCCGGACUUCGACAACGCGGGGGCUUGUUCGGCAACAAUGUCGCGCCGCUCUUUUCCGUCGUGCUGGCUGACAUGAAAGACCUUAACAGGUUUGGUUCCGUCAUGCAAAGCGCUAGCGAAAUGGGCAACGCGAGACGGGAAACAGAGCACGACGGGGUUGCAAAGGCAGCGAGGGACGAAAAAGUGCUGAUCGAGCUGCAUGCGCCGGGAAAGAAAAGCGCUAGUCGGACGGUGAUGAUAAACGACUUGGCAUUCAACCUCCAACAGCAAAAGUGGGUCGCAUCCUUCAAGAUUCCAGAACCCACGUCCAACCCUCGUGGUCUUUUUGAUCUUUACUGAGGUCGGCUAUUCCGUCAUCGCCAUAGAGAUGAAGCCUUGCCCUCGUGUUGCGAACUCACCUCUACUUUCAUCGAAUCAUCGCGGUUUGCGGCGCGCUCUCUCGCAACCAAAGUCGACUCGUUCUAUCUUGAAUGAUGGUCUUGGUCGCGGCUUGCUUCAUGCGGCAGGAUGAAAAUUCUGACUUGGUUUGGGCUCUCCUACUACGCUACCACAUUUGCUACUGGCAAACGAAAAUUCUAUGUAACGCAGAGAUCUCCCUGAGGGAAAUCCAAUUGCUUCGGCAAUGGCCAUCCUGUGCCUGCGUGCAUGGGCC